CCUUUCUCCGCGUCAACCACCUUCAAUGUCUUUGGACGCCGUUAGACUCAAUGAGCGCUGUUAAUCUUUCUACUGGGACCAUAGUCGACGUACCUGCUGGACGUGGGGUGAUUCGCUGGAAUGGAUCGUUAAAUGCAAAGCCGGGAAAGUUCUUCGGUAUUGAAUUGUACGAGCCCAAUGGCAAAAACGACGGGUCUUUCGAGGGCCAGGCCUACUUUAAAUGCAGGAUGAACUACGGGUUGUUUGUGAGGCCUGUGCAGAUAAAAGGAACGUAUGGCAUGGAACAACAGCCAGCAGCGGGGCCGAGCCGACCGGCACCGAUUGCUACUAGGCCUUCGUUUGGCCACCAACGAACCUCCAGUGUGGGGAUGACUCGGUCAAAUUCGAUACGGGCAGCUUCACCAGCAUCGUCAAUACGGUCAAAUAGUCCAGCUAAACCUGUAGCGACGCCUGCUUCACGAACGAGUCGAUUGGGGCAGCCAUCACCGACGAAGAGGCAGCCUCCAACUACCCUGCAAUCUCGCAAGUCAAUCCCUGUACGAUCCAGCCCGCCGGAGCUGGCGACGCCCUCAAGACCUCCCACCAAGACAUUGUUACGAAAUAUCCCGUCACCUACACAGAAACAGACAUCCCUGUCAAGCGGCACAACAAUUCCACGCGUCUCUUCUCCACUUUCUCAGUCUCCAUCUCAACCGGCUACGUCUCCGUUACCUCAAAUUUUGCAUCAUGCCACGAGAGCGCCUUCCCCUCUGGUUCCACUUCCGCCACCUCCAGACGAACAAGAACUGCAUGAGCUGCGUGCCAAAGUACGCGUCUUGGAGGCUAAACGUGCUGAUGAUGCAAGGCAUGUUCGCGAGCUAGAAACGCGGCUUUCUGAAGCAGAGUCGUUUGUCGCCCUGCGUCCCAAGCUCCAAGCAAAACUCAACUCUCUUCAAACUGAUCUCAUCGCCACUAAACGCGAACUUGCAGAUGCUCAACAACUGGCGCAGUUGGCCGAGACGCGCCUUCUCGAUGGUCAGGAACUACUAGAGAUGGCGAUGUUGGAUAAAGAAGUUGCCGAAGAAAGAGCAGAGAUCGCAGAGGCAGAGCUGGAGGAACUCAAGGAUCGGUUGUCUCUUGCUGAAGUAGAACUGGACGUCUACAAGGAAGAGCAUGCAGACGUUUCCAUUGAUAAAGCAAACAGUAAUACCGGCAAAGACUCUGUUGCAUACCUCCACCUCGAGAAGCAGAAUGAACGACUGAAAGAAGCGCUAGUCAGACUACGCGAUAUGACACAGGAAACAGAAAUGGAACAAAGGAGGAGGAUAUCGGAAAUGGAAAAAGACGUCGAGGAGAUUGACGAUCUCCAAUCCAAGUACGACUCCGCCGUCAUUAAAUUGUCUAACGCAGAGGUCCAGAUCGAAGACCUCAAACUACAACUCGACGAUGUUCUGGGCGUGGAAGAGAUGCUUGUUCAGCUGACAGAACGCAAUCUCAUGCUCGGCGAAAAAAUCGAGGAAAUGCGGAUUACGAUCGAAGAUCUCGAGGCUUUGAAGGAACUCAGUGACGAGCUCGAGGAGAACCAUGUCGAGACUGAGAAGGGUCUCCAGGAAGAUCUUCAAUCGAAAGAUAUGCAGAUUCAAGAGCAUCUCCGGAAGGUCGAGGGACUAGAAGAAGCUACUCUCGACCUGGAAGGUACCAUUCUUCAGUUCAGAGAGCUUGUUCUCCAGCUUCAGACGGAACUCGACGCUCUUCGUCUACAAACGCAGACUGCUCAAAACGAGUCCGCCACGGCUGCGUCUCAAACGGCCGCCAUGAUGUCGUUGAACCUCAAGCUCCAAUCCUCAGCUUCUAAGAACCAGGCCAGGAAUAUUGAUCUGGAGCUCAAACAACUGGAGGCAAGGGAAAGCAGAGAAUUACUGGGUAUCGUUCAGCCCUACCUGCCUCAAUUGUAUCUCGAGACAGACAGUGAUGCAACCAGUUGUUAUCUGUUCUUCCAGCGCCUGGCAUAUAAAGCAGACUUGAUAAAUACCGUUGUCGCUCAGGCUCAUGGUUUACCUGAAUCGCUUAAUGGGCCAGGUUCUGAUAUCCUCGUUGGUAUCUGUGAUCUCCGUGGUCGAAUUUCCGCUGUAUCCAUUCUCUGCAAGCGUUUCGCCGCUAUAUUGCGCAAAUGCGACGUAGAAACUUUCUUGAACCAAGGCCGGAUAUAUCCCGAGAUCGCACCGAUUGAAAAGCGGAUUGACAUGCAUGUCGACCUCUUGCGACGAGACGCGUUCCGGGAGAUGGAAUGCGCUAGUGACAUCGAAAAGAUCCAAGCACAAUUUGACCAUCUCGCAGACAAGUAUUUUGAUGGCUUUGAACAUGACUUGGGCGAGCGGGAGCAAGGAUAUGUUACAGCUUUCGAUCUUGAUCUUGACAUUUUCGCUGCUGCUGUUGGUCUUACGAAGACGUCGGUGGAGGCUAUUCUCAAAGAUGAAGAUGUUGUUCUAGAUAUGGGUGGUUUGAAUAUCGGUACUGAUCUAUUCGACCCAUUGCAGAAGCUCCUGGAUCAGUGCAAAAGUGCCAAGAGCCUGUCUAGGAAAUUGACCAAACGUACAGAGGAGUUAAUCAAAGACUCUGCGCAUCUUAAACCGCACGUUGUGCCCCAUAUGCAAUCUCUAAGCAAUGCAGUACAAGAGCCUGUCAAUUUCGCAAUUACAUUAGCAAAGCAGAUCAUGCCUCACUUAAGUGACGUUAGAAGCGCAAAGACACCCUUCCAGCUUAACACCAUUCUUGACUAUGUUAAGCAAGCGACUACCACAACUGUGGGUAUGGAUGCGAAGAUAAACGCUUCUUUCUGGGAACCCAUCGGGGCUUCUCUUGGCCAGCUCGUGCAAGAGGGUGCUAAGCUCUUACCUUUAAUCAUGGAAACAGAAAAUGUCACAAAGGCGUCAAGCAUAGCGCCAUGGGUGACUCGGAUUGACGAGAUCAAAGCUACUUUAGCAGUCAAUAUCGAAGCGGAGAGGAAAGUCGCGCAACUGAACGACGAGAUGCAAGGGCUGGUCCGAAGCCUGAAGACCAAAGACCAAAACAUCCAAGAAUCAGGAGUCAAGAUUGAGCUCAUGCAGCGACGAAUGGAGGCGGCCAAGAAACAGGCGGAUACGAUUGCCGAUCUUGAAGGCGAGCUGGCCAAGGCUCACAAACAAGAGCGCGCCUAUGAGGAAGCCAUGGAGCAACUUCAAGCCGACUUGGAUGCUUUAGAGCAGGACAAUGCCAAGAUGAAGGCAAUGACAGCUGGUCAUGAUCGUCAAGUCCCCGGAGUCCAACCCAUGGAAACUGAACCCAUAACCGUUGAAGGAAGCCUGGAAACAUCCCAUUUGCUGGAGCAGAUCGAGGCCCUGCGAGGAACAGUCCGAUUCGUCAGGACGGAGAACUCUUAUCUCAAGGGACAAGACCUGCUACGCGAGAUCGAGACACUCCCGCCACUCCCGGAACCCUUCGUGCGCUCGCCGACGCCACCCCUCGACCCAUCCGGACUCUCUGAUACGGACGAUUCAGACUCGGACCGUUCCCCUUCGCCUCCAACGCUGCGCUCUCUCACGACGGAGACAAAAUUGCUGUAUCGAGAUGUGAUCAAGUUCUCGACCUCGCCUCGCGUGGUAGACCUAUCCACCAUCAAUGCGCUGCGCGCGGAAACCAAGAGCGGGGGUAGAGUAUGGCUCCCCAAGAAAAAAACUCCCUCUCACCAGGUGCUAGAGCGUAAGUUAGAAGCGGAGCGCUUGAGUAGACGCAUGAUGGGUCUUCUGGACAGGGCCAGUGUUGUAUCCGGAUUAUGACGGCUUCCUGUUAUGCCCAUGAUACCCUCACAUGUACGAUACAUACCAUAUAAUCCUUGCUAGAUCUAUUGCAUAUUGGAUGAUUUAAACACCCCAGUCUCUUCAAGUGCAGUAUUCCACCCGUACUACUUUCAAAGAGUGCUGGUGUUCUUCCAUAAACAUAUAUGAAGGAGCAUUUAACUUGUCGUAUUUUUCAUAAUACAUGAUGAGCAAUGU